GUAGUUUGUGGACAAAAUGAGCUCUUUGGUAUGCCAAGACACAGACGUCUUCUCCACCGUGACAUUGCAGUAUGCAGCCAGAAUAAAAUACGUUGUAUAGCUUUUCUCAUUGAAUCACCGAAACCCAAGGGAGUCACUGCACCAAGUCUGGGGCGGUUGAGGAGAAGAAACGGACCUGCUGCAUGCGGCACAGAAUCAUAACACCUGUGAAGGGCACACCUCUCCCUGUCUGGGUCUCAGAAGCAGCAUCUGUCUGAAGAAAGCUGGGUCUCCUGGAACCUGUGCCGCCUGACCACUUCGUUUCCCUACAUUCUGUGUUGAUUCAUUGCUAAAGCAGCCCUUGCUCAUCCAAAGAACUUGAAGAGGAAUCAGUCUCUCCCUCAGAACAUAAACAAGAUUUCCUGCCUGAGUUAAUGUUUGUUCAAACAACCAGGAAAGAUUCUGUGGAUUCUGCAUGCUCCACAAAGCCUAAAUCUUUGGCAAACAGGAGGAUUUCUUCUUGCAAAAUUGGCUAAAGUGCAUGGACAAUAAGAAUGGGCUCACUUAAAAAUGGUAGCACCAGAAAUGAGCUUCUGAACAAAGAUGAACUGUUACGCAUAUUCCGCAAGGGCAUGUCUCUUCAUGUGAAACCAGAUCUGACAGCUACAGAAGAACAAUGGUUUCAAAGGCUGCUCCCUUCCUACCCCGGUUUCCGUGGCAACCGCCCGGACUCCCCCAACCCCGCGCCUGCUGCGGAAUCGCUCCGUAGCAGCAGAAGCGGACGGUCGCCGCUGCUGCCGGAGCCUGCCUUCUCCUCCGCCUUCUCUUCCUCGCCGCCGCCGCCGCCGCCGAGCAUGGAGCUGCUGGCCGCCGCGCUCAGCGCCGCUUGCGCCUUGGAGCAGGAGGGCGCCGCCGAAAGCCUGCCCGGGUCCCGCCAGGAGGACAGCAACUCCCCUUCCAUGGCUGGACCGAUUCCUCUUCCAGAAGAGAGUCCUGGGCAUCCUGAUGGCCCACCUGUUUUCCCCGAAGCGCUGCAAAUGAUUCACCCCAUGACAGCUGACUCCUGGAAAAACUUCAUCGAGCAAAUAGGUCUCUUAUAUCAAGAAUAUCGGGAUAAAUCUACACAACAAGAGAUUGAAACCAGGAGACUGCAAGACUCUCAAACAGAUACUGAAGAGGGCUCAGCUGGUGAAGAGGCGCCAUCAGAAACCGAACCUACAGAUGCCACGGAGAGCAAGGCAGUUCCCCAGAUCAACUUGCUCUUGAAUUCCAACUCAAGGUUUAAUUUGUGGCAGGAUCUUCCUGAAGUCAGAAGCAGCGGUGUUUUGAAUAUCCUCCAGCCAGAUGAGAUCAGACUUCAAGAGGCCAUGUUUGAACUGGUCACUUCAGAAGCAUCAUACUACAAGAGCCUGAAUUUGCUGGUAUAUCAUUUCAUGGAAAAUGAGCGAUUGAAAAAGAUUCUACAUCCCUCAGAAGCUCACAUCCUCUUUUCCAAUGUAAUAGAUGUUAUGGCAGUCAGUGAACGAUUCCUUUUGGAUCUUGAGAAACGGGUGGAAGAGAACAUUGUGAUAUCCGAUGUCUGCGACAUUGUUUAUCGUCAUAUCGAAAAUUUCUCAGUGUACGUCACCUACGUCUCCAACCAGACUUACCAGGAGAGAACUUACAAGCAACUUCUCCAGGACAAGCCAGCGAUCCGGGAGGUGAUCUCACAGUUGGAACUGGAUCCAAAAUGCAAAGGCUUGCCUUUCUCAUCAUUCUUGAUCCUGCCUUUUCAGAGGAUCACUCGGCUGAAGCUGCUAGUACAGAAUAUCCUGAAAAAAGUGGAAGAAAAGUCUGAACGAGAAAUCACCGCACUCGAAGCUCACAAAGAACUGGAAACAGUGGUGAAGGCCUGUAAUGAAGGUGUCAGAAAAAUGAGCCGUACAGAACAAAUGAUCAGUAUCCAGAAGAAAUUAGAAUUUAAGAUCAAGUCUGUGCCCAUCAUCUCUCAUUCCCGUUGGCUACUAAAGCAGGGAGAACUCCAGCAGAUGAAUGGUCCCAAAACAUCGCGUACCCUUCGCACAAAGAAACUCUUCAGGGAAAUCUACUUGUUCCUCUUCAAUGAUUUGCUAGUGCUCUGCAGACAGAUUAAUGGCGACAAGUACCAGGUCUUUGACUCUGCUUCCCGAGGACUUCUCCGGGUGGAAGAGUUAGAGGACCAAGGGCAGAGCUUGGCCAAUGUAUUUAUCCUGAGGUUGCUGGAAAAUGCGGAUGAUCGGGAAGUGAGUUACAUGCUGAAGGCAUCUUCUCAAAGUGAAAUGAAGCGCUGGAUGAUCUUGUUGGCCCCAAAUAGGCGAACCAAGUUUGUUUCCUUUUCAUCCAGGAUGAUGGAUUGUCCUCAAGUACAGUGUGUCCAUCCAUAUGUGGCUCAACAGCCUGAUGAGCUCUCACUAGAACUGGCCGAUGUACUGAACAUUCUGGAAAAGACAGAUGAUGGUUGGAUAUUUGGGGAGCGUUUGCAUGAUCAAGAGAGGGGUUGGUUCCCCACCUCUAUGGGCGAGGAGAUUAUGAACCCCAAGAUUCGGUCUCAGAACUUGAAAGAGUGCUUUCGGGUGCACAAGACAGAUGACAGUCAACGGAGGAAGAUGAGCAGCAAGAACAGACAGUGAUCAUUGCACACAGUUAUCUGUUCUUCAUCUAAAGCAAUUUAUGGCAGAGGCUAGGACAUUGGGAUUCAAUAUGCAGAAGGAGGCAUACAGAUGCCAGCUGUUGACAGUUGAGGCCUCCCACCUUCAAACUUAGUGGGCUUCUUUGCAUAUGUGGCACAGCUUGGAUAAUAAUACCGAAGACACAUUUGAAAGGAGGUGUGGCUGCCGUGUGCCUGUACAGAUGUAGGAGCUGUAAAAAAAAUUUUCCUUGUGUAUUAUGAACUCCAAAAUGUGUUAAUUUGUCAGUUCUGCAUGGUGAAGAAACAAUGAGCACUGAACAACUGGAAAAACUAUGUCAAAUCUCAGAAGGCUAGUGGCUUCUGCAGUGUUCCAUCCAACAGUAGAACAAAGUGCUGUGUUUGUCUAGUGGAAAGAUAGUGUCUGGGAUAUUAAGAAGAUAAUGGCACAAUACCUUUUGAAAUAGUUACUAUAACUGUCUGCAUCCACACACCUAAAAUCAGGAAGCUUCAGUUUAGAAACUGAAUUUGAACAGGCAACACUGACAGGUACUUCCUUUUCAAAUGCAUUGGUUGGUAGAACCUGCAAAGUAAUUGUAUUGCAGUCUAGUCUAGUCUAGUUCAAAAUAUUUUUUGGGACUUCAUCACAUUGGGACAGAGAAGUGUGUGGCAGAGAAGAGCUCAGUCUUACUCCGAAACUGAUGUUUUCCCUACCUUCAUCACACUGUUAAAUAUCUCCAUUUUUUUCCGUAUUCUUUCACUGCAGUUGACUUCACACUGCAGAGAUUUGGCCUUGCCCACCAUUCCUCACCCUGCUCAUUGUUGAAAAAAAACCCUCCCUUUGAAAUCCCUACUAACACAAGAUCACAUAGGCAAGAUCUGAGAAGUUCUGAGCAUGCUCAGUCUGUCCAAACACUACAUGCUACCAAAAGAAUGAAACCGAGAGCAACGAAUGCCAUCAUAUUACAAAUCUGGCAAAAACUUCCAGAUCAUUUCAAAGAAUAGGCUUCCAUACCACCCCCAGAAACAUUGGAAAAGAAUGCUGCCCCCCACGCUUAAAAUACGCAAAUAAUAUGUCUUUUAAGCAUUGAACCGAAACUAAUGUGAUACAGUGAGUAACCAGAUUUUAAGUGUAGGACUCUGUGGAAUUUAACUAAUGUGAUGAAGUGGAUAGUUUGGAGCUGUCCUGAAAGAAGGUUUGAAUUCCCAUUUUAUAGAAAGUAUAGUAGUCUUGCUUAUCCAACCUUGGCUCAGCCAACGUUCUGUAUUAUUCAACGCAGUCUGCCUCCUACCCGGAUCCACAGGUGUUUCUCUAGGCAGCAACACUCAGCAGGCCAGCACACCCAACAACAACACAAGUGCAGCCACGCACCCAAACAAGUGGCAGACUUGUUGUAAAACAUGUUUUGUUGUUUAAUUUGUAAAAUCAUAACAUAAUUUGACGUUUAAUAGGCUUUUCCUUAAUCCCUCCUUAUUAUCCAACAUUUUCGCUUAUCCAACAUUCUGCUGGCCCGUUUAGGUUGGAUAAGCAAGACUCGGCUGUAUUGAAACAGAAAAACUACCUUUUUUUUUCAAAUAGCAUAACUAGAAACCCAGGCUGCAGUUCUGUAUUUUGUAACACUGGACCCACUGAGCAUCCCAUGUUUUUCAAACCAGAAGCCUCUCUCUACUAACAUACUGAACCAGACCAAUUUUUCUCUCAUUUCUGGCCCAAAGGCUUCUCUUUUGUAAGGACCACCACUUUGUCUUUGAUAAAUCCCUUCCAGUUGCAUUUUAUUAACAAAACAAAAAUGUUAUCAUCACCACCGUGUGUCUGUAUCUUCAGGUUGCCUAUCAAUGGGUGGAAACACCCAUAAAUUUCAUAAGAUUUUCUUACGCAAGAAAUACUCGGAAGUUUUCUCAGUUCCUUCUUCUGAAAUACAGCAUACCACUAGCUCUCACCAAUAAACAGUGUAGACAUAUUUUACUACAUGAAUAAUACAGCACCACAUUGUUUGGAGUAAAGAGGACAUGGAACAAUUUCUUUUAAUGUGCACCACUGGAUCUGUUCCAGUAGUUCAAAAUAGCUCAUCUGUUGAAUUAAAAACAAAACCAGUGAAGACCAUCUUUGGGCUGCUAAAUUGGCAUACAUUGCAAUCUCUGGGAUGCUACAUCUGAGAAGCUUAAAAACUCAUUUGUGGACAAACCAGUCAAGUUCUGUAUAAAUUACUGUUUCUACUUGGUGUAUAUAUGAUCUCUGAGCAGAGUGUUUUUAAUAGUAUUUCCAUCAAAUUCAGAGAGUUAUGAAUGAAAUACAUCCUUUCCAAUAUCAGAAGAUUAUCCUCUUCCAGUGUUCAUGCUCGAUACAUACAUACAAAAGACUUAAGGCAAAAGAUGGCACACUUUUUAAUUAAACGUUGUCUGAACAUGUUGUACUGAUGCAUAUCAGUUGAGCAGUCUAUGUAUAAUACUUUUGAACUGGUGUAUAUAGGAAAGCUUCAAAAAACCAAAAGGAUCAGGGAAGUAUCUCCUCUUUGAAUGCAAGCAUUAUAACAACAAGAUGCUUAUGGAAGAAAGGAAAUGAUGGACAGAGAGAAUUUGUCUAAGGACAAUCACAUGGUCAGACAUGAGCGAGAUCAACAGACUAAAAGAUUGUAAAGCGUUUUGCAUAUUAAAAGUGUUAAAUAAUAA